AUGUUGGGCCGUAAGCAAAGCAUUCGAGUGGAUAUAAUGGCUCCUGACUAUGUUCAGGAGGAGUCUCUAAAUGAGAACGCUGAAAUUGAUUGGGUUAAUAAGCUAUGGGUUCGAAGAUUGAUGCGCUUUUGCGCCUUGCUGAGUUUACUGUGUGUCAGUUUGAACACUCCAAAAACCUUCAAAGUCUUUCCAUUUUUACAGUAUGCAACGUUUGUUUGCGAUUUUGCUGUUACUGGUUUAUAUACUGCUGAAAUGAUUGCCAAAAUGCACAUACGUGGAAUAUUGAAAGGCGAAUCACCUUAUAUGAAAGAUCACUGGUGUCAAUUUGAUGGCACAAUGGUAUUUUUCUUAUGGGUGUCUGUAAUAUUACAGAUUUUUGAAAUCGUGGAAUUUUUACCUGAAUUCAGUUAUCUAUCAAUACUCAGGGCACCAAGGCCUUUCAUUAUGAUUCGAUUUAUACGUGUCUUCCUAAAAUUCUCAAUGCCAAAAUCAAGAAUAAAUCAAAUAUUCAAGCGAUCAAGUCAACAAAUCUAUAACGUAUCACUUUUCUUCCUAUUUUUUAUGUCUUUAUAUGGUGUACUUGGUGUUCAACUAUUUGGUGAAAUGAAGAAUCAUUGUGUUCUUAACACUACAGACCCAAUGCAUGUUACACUUAAUAACUUGGCUAUACCAGACUCAUUCUGUUCUAAAGAACCAGGUGCUGGGUAUCAGUGUCCAGAGGGUAUGAAAUGUAUGAAAUUAGAAUUAUCAAGGUACAUAACUGGCUUUAGUGGAUUUGAUGGAUUUGCAACAAGUAUUUUCACUGUAUAUCAAGCUGCAUCCCAAGAAGGUUGGGUGUACAUUAUGUUCCGGACAUUUGACAGUCUUCCAGCCUGGAGAGCUAUUUUUUACUUUUCUACCUUAAUAUUCUUCAUAGCAUGGUUAGUUAAGAAUGUUUUCAUUGCUGUCAUCACUGAGACAUUUAAUGAAAUGCGUGUACAAUUUCAACAAUUAUGGGGAAGUAGAAGACACGUUGGAAAUAAAACUUCCACCGAAAUUCUAGUAAGUGAUGAAAAUGGCUGGAGAUUAGUAACUCCUGAACAAAAUAAACAUCGGACAUUAGCAUCACCAUUAGGACAUAAAAUUCUUAAUUCUGCUUGGUUUCGAUUACUUGUUAUGUGCAUUAUACUUAGCAAUGGUAUUGCAAUGGCUACUAUGAAUUUUAAACAUGAUAAGCGACAACGACAUGAAAUUUAUGAAAAAUAUUAUUAUAUUGAAGUUGUAUAUACAAUCAUUUUUAAUUUUGAAACAUUAUUUAAAAUGGUUUUACUGGGCUUCAAAGAAUAUUUUAAACAUUCAUACCAUAAGUUUGAAUUAAUGCUAGCUGUUGGUACUACUUUACAUAUUGUUCCUCAAUUUUAUUUAUCUGAAUUAACUUAUUUUCAGGUCUUAAGGAUUGUUCGAUUAAUAAAAGCUUCUCCAAUGUUAGAAGAUUUUGUUAAUAAAAUAUUUGGACCAGGAAAAAAACUAGGAAGUCUCAUCAUAUUUACUUUGUGUUUAUUAGUUAUUUCUUCUGGUAUUUCCAUGCAACUUUUUUGUUUUUUAUGCGAUUUUUCAAAGUUUGAAACUUUUCCUGAAGCUUUCAUGUCAAUGUUUCAAAUUCUUACUCAAGAAGCCUGGGUUGAUGUUAUGGAUGAAACUAUGUUACGUACCCGUAAAACAUUCAUAGUACCAUUAGUCGCUCUCUAUUUCAUUCUUUACCAUUUGUUUGUAACUCUUAUUGUACUAAGUCUUUUUGUUGCGGUUAUUUUGGAUAAUCUUGAACUUGAUGAAGAGUUGAAAAAGUUAAAACAAUUACGUUUUCGUGAACAAAGUGCUGAGAUUAAAGAAACACUUCCAUUUAGAUUAAGAAUAUUUGAAAAAUUUCCAGACCGACCUAAAAUGACUUCUAUUCAUAAGCAACCAUCUGAUUUUAAUUUACCUAAGGUCCGUGAAAGUUUUAUGAGGCAGUUUGUUUUAGAUAAAACUGACGAAGAAACAUCUCCAGAAAAUUUAAAUAAAGCUAUUGAAGUAAUUAAACCACCCUUAAUAACUCGUAAACAGCAUCCUAUACAUUUGUUAUCCAACCCACCCAAAGUGCGAACAGUAACACCAGAAAUUCGUAAAUCAAUUAUAUCAAAUAUAAUUAAUGAUUCUAAUAAUCAACGUUUACUUUUGGGAGAUUCAACAUUUUUGCCUCCUAGUGCUGGUAAUAAAGGUGGGUUGCACACUCAAGGCACUGUUAAUAAUAUGCAACAUUCACGAAUGGAUCAUAAAAAAUCUAUGAGACAUAGUAUUCGGCGAGGAUCAAUGAAGCUCAAACAAACAUAUGAACAUCUUAUGGAAAAUGGAGAUAUUGGUGGUAUGAAUCGUUUAGCUACAGCCACACGAGCUAGACCUCAUGAUCUUGAUAUAAAAUUAUUGCAAGCAAAACGACAACAAGCAGAAAUGAGACGCAAUCAACGGGAGGAAGAUUUACGUGAAAAUCAUCCAUUAUUUGACACUCCUUUAUUUAUUGUUCCAAGAGAAUCAAAAUUUCGUAAACUUUGUCAAUUAAUUGUAUAUGCUCGAUAUGAUCUAAAACUUAGAGAUCCACUUACAGGAGAAGAGCGACAAAUUAAAUAUAAGGGUUUUCACAACUUUUUGGGAUUAGUAACUUAUUUGGAUUGGUUAAUGAUAUUGGUGACUACACUAAGUUGUAUAUCAAUGAUGUUUGAAACACCUUUUUAUCGUGUAAUGGAAACUCCAGCUUUGCAGAUAGCUGAAUAUGUAUUUGUAUGCUUUAUGAGUAUUGAGUUAGCAUUAAAAAUUUUGGCUGAUGGAGUUUUUUUUACUCCCAAAGCAUACAUGAAAGAUGCAGCUGCUAUAUUAGACAUAUUUGUUUAUGUGACAAGUUUAGUAUUUUUAUGUUGGAUGCCAACUAAUGUUGCAACAAAUUCAUCAGCACACUUGUUAAUGAUUUGCCGAUGUGUACGUCCUUUACGUAUUUUCUCACUAGUUCCACACAUGAGAAAAGUAGUUGAUGAAUUAUGUCGUGGAUUCAAAGAAAUUUUAUUAGUAUCAGUACUAUUAAUUGUUUUGAUGUUUGUAUUUGCCAGUUAUGGUGUUCAAAUUUUUGGUGGGCGUUUAGCUCGAUGCAAUGAUCCAUUAAUUAAACGACGUGAAGACUGUACUGGAGUUUUUAUGCGUAAAGUUUAUGUUACAAAAAUGAAAAUGAAACCUGGACCAAAUGAAACUUAUCCAGCUAUUUUGGUGCCUAGAGUUUGGGCAAAUCCGAGGCGCUUCAAUUUCGAUAAUAUAGGUUAUGCAAUGCUGACGCUGUUUGAAGUUUUAUCAUUCAAAGGCUGGCUGGAUGUUCGUGAUAUACUAAUCAGCGCUUUGGGAUCAGCCCAUGCUAUAUACAUUCACAUAUUUAUAUUCUUGGGAUGUAUGAUUGGACUAACUUUAUUUGUUGGUGUUGUAAUUGCUAAUUACUCCGAAAAUAAAGGAACUGCAUUACUGACAGUAGAUCAAAGGCGAUGGUGUGAUUUAAAAAAAAGGCUGAAAAUUGCUCAACCUCUUCAUUUACCUCCCAGACCAGAUCGUAGAAAAUUCCGUGCAUUUAUUUAUGAUAUUACUCAAAAAAUUCAUUUUAAGAGAUUUUUUGCAGUUAUUGUAAUAAUUAACAGUUGUUUAUUAUUUGUUUCGUGGCGUGCGGAAGAAGAACAUACUGAACCAUUAUCAUUAGUUAGUGCAUUUCUCACUCUAAUAUUUGUAGCUGAAGUAAUUAUGAAAAUUAUUGCAUUCACUGCUCGUGGUUAUUGGCAAUCACGUCGAAAUCGAUAUGAUCUUUUAGUGACUGUUUUAGGAGUGAUAUGGAUAUUUACACAUUUUGCUUUUAAAAAUGAACUAUCAUUCUCCUUUGGUUAUAUAGUAGUUGUAUUACGGUUUUUUACAAUCACAGGAAAACAUGCUACUCUUAAAAUGCUCAUGUUGACAGUUGGAGUUUCUGUGUGUAAAAGUUUUUUCAUUAUAUUUGGUAUGUUUCUAUUGGUGUUUUCUUAUGCUUUGGCCGGUACUAUUUUAUUUGGUAGUGUAAAAUAUGGCGAAGGAAUUGGCAGACUUGCGAACUUUGGUUCUCCUGUGACUGGAGUUGCUAUGUUAUUUCGUAUUGUUACUGGAGAAGAUUGGAAUAAAAUCAUGCAUGAUUGCAUGAUAUUACCUCCACAAUGUACACCUGCAGCUAAUUAUUGGCAAACAGAUUGUGGAAAUUAUGCAGCAGCUUUAAUUUAUUUCUGUUCAUUUUAUGUAAUGAUCACUUAUAUUGUUCUUAAUCUAUUAGUUGCUAUUAUCAUGGAAAAUUUCUCGCUCUUCUAUUCUAAUGAAGAAGAUGCUUUACUUUCUUAUGCAGAUAUUAGAAAUUUCCAACAUUCAUGGAACAUUGUUGAUGACACUCAAGCGGGUGUUAUUCAAGUAUAUAAAGUCAAGUUUUUAUUACGCCUAUUAAAAGGUAGAUUAGAAACUGAUCCACAAAAAGGAAAAAUGUUAUUAAAACACAUGUGCUAUGAAUUAGAAAGGCUACAUAACGGGCAAGAAGUGACAUUUCAUGAUGUUUUAAACAUGUUGUCAUAUCGUACAGUUGAUAUAACAAAAGCAUUACAACUUGAAGAAUUAGUAGCCCGUGAAGAUUUCGAAGUUAAUAUUCAAGAAGAAGUUGCAAAACAGACCAUACGCAAUUGGCUUGAAGGAUGUCUGCGAAAAAUGAGAGCUGCUAAUAGACAACAAGGUAGUCUCCUAGCUGGCUUACGUGCAACCAAUGAAAUGAUGCUAAGAGAUUUUGAAGAGAAACAAGCUGUUACUUAUGAAAAAGAAAAUGAAGAAAAAGAUCCAAAAUUUGAUGAAAAUCGUUCUAAGUUAAAGUCAUCUUCAGGUAUGACCCGUUCAGAUAGUGUUGGUAGUGGAUCAGGGCGCAAGUAUUUAACACCUACAUUAUCAGAUCCUUCAGAAAAGGAAAAAAAUCGCAAAGCAUCUUACAGAAACAUAAAACCAUUAAAUAUGUCAAAUUUGAAUGUAUCAUCUUCUUCCAAAGAUCAAAGAACUAGCUCUCCUAAAGUUUCAAAUGCAGUGAAGGAAAUACAUGAAUGGUGGUUAGAUCAAUUAGAACAUUGUUCAGAUAUAUCCUCUAGUGAUGAUGAUAAUUAUUAA